UGGGGAUAGAAAUGCGGUUGUGGACUGCGUAGAGUGAGAGACAAAGAGAGGCGGUUGGUGUUUGAUUUCUGUUUUCUGUCACGAAGCUCUUUCAAUCAGGGAAUCGAAGAAGAAAGAAAUUGAAGAAGAGCAACAAGGAUAUUGUUAAAAAUUAACAGAAAUUAUGGGGUCUGUCUGCCUCUCCAUAAACUCGACUUCGAAACCCUUACUGGGCCCUCCUACAUCUGCAGCCGCCGCUUCUACAACAUCAUCAUCCUCCUCUCCGUCAUCGAGCUGCCGCUGUUCUCUUGUUUCUUUCACGCCGAUGUUCGGUUCUGGACGCCUGAUUUCUACUAGUAACAGUAAUCGUAAGAGCAGCAGACAACAAAAGCAAGUGGUUUGUAUGGCUCCUGAUGAAGAAAAAUUAACUCGCCGUAAUCCUCUCGAUUUCCCUAUUGAAUGGGAAAGGCCCAAGCCUGGGCGCAGACCUGAUAUAUUUCCACAGUUCAGCCCUAUGAAAACACCAAUACCACCCCCAUUACCAUAUGAUCCUCCUGAAGAAGAUGAAGAAGAAGAUGAAGAAAAAAAGAAAGAGGAAGAGGAGGAAGAUCCUGAAAAAGAAGAGGAUCCAGACAAGCCAGACAAGCAGUAAUGUUUUGCAGUCAGGGAGUCUCAAACUUCUAUUUUGCUCUUUAUUUAUCCACUAUGUUCUUUAUUAGUUACAUCUAGCUUUUAGUGGUGAUGAUAGAAAGAUGGAUGAAUGGAAAUAAUCAUCGUCCAGAAAGAGUUUUGUCAUGGCUUGUGUGGUAUCCCAGUUUGAGCUGAAGGGAGUUCUUGCAAACCUGGGACUUAUUGAAGGUUAUAGUGCGAUUAGUAGGAUUUUCUUCAUUUCUUUUUUGGUUGGAAUUUGAGUAUUGAGUAAUGCAUUUAAUUAGUAAAUUCCAUUUUGAUUUUCUGGUUUU